CUCACUCAGCGGACCGAACGGAACGGGCUUGUCACCGGCUGUUUGGACCUACUGUUUUUUAUGACCUGCAGUUCGGAACCGCUCUGCAUCAGGUAGAAGUUCCGCCUGUUGGCUGCAGCGGUUCUGCUCCCAGAUGACAGAAACCUGUUGGAGCAGUUACCUGAUUUGACCCACUAGUACGAGUCUUGUUCACGUGACGUCUGAGGUGACUUAAGGAGGUUGGACCUCCUGAUGCCAUGUCAGUGUCUGACCUGCAGCAGACAGAAAGCAGAACUCCAGUUUGGAGCAGCAGAAGCUGCUGCAGAAACAUGAAUCGGCCCGGACAACAGCUGCUCCCCACAUAGAGGUCGCCUCGCCUCUCUUCCCAUUUACUUCAGAGGAUGCUGGGAAUGUGUCGUGGGCGCAGGAAGUUCUUGGCGGUCUCCCUCGCCUUACUCUUUAUCCCAGCACUCACCUGGCUUUACCUGUCGGUUGGAAGUUUUCAAGUAAAGCCUCUCCCUCUGUCUCCACUGGAAGCCCAGUCGUCCGCUCCAGUGGGCGGAGCUGGCGAACGGCAGGCCUUAGAGCUGAGGGUCCGAGCGGUGGAGGAGGAGAACAAGGCGCUACGGCGCGAGCUCAGCCGGCCGCCCAGGAACCUGUCUGCACGCCUCCCGAGUGACGCGCGACGGGGAAACCAGAGCCGGCCUCACUCGGAAGAGGGCACGGGGGACAACGAGGGCCAGAGGAACGCUGCAGCAGGAAAUGGUUCUGACUGUGCGCAGCAGCCGGUCGUGGACAAGUGUGAAACCAUCCAUGUGGCCAUCAUAUGUGCAGGUUACAACGCGAGUCGAGACGUAGUGACGCUGGUCAAGUCAGUGCUGUUUCACAGACGGAACCCUCUUCAUUUCCAUGUCAUCACUGACUCCAUCGCUCAGCACAUCCUGUCGUCUCUGUUUCAUACCUGGAUGGUUCCUGCUGUCAAGGUGAACUUCUACGAUGCCGAUGAGCUAAAGUCAGAGGUGUCCUGGAUCCCUAACAAGCAUUACUCUGGGAUCUACGGUCUGAUGAAGCUGGUGCUCACCAAGACGCUGCCUUCAGACCUGCAGAGAGUCAUCGUUCUGGACACGGACAUCACUUUUGCCACUGACAUCGCUGAACUUUGGGCUGUCUUCCACAAGUUCAAAGGUCAACAGGUUCUGGGUUUGGUGGAGAACCAGAGUGACUGGUACCUGGGGAACCUCUGGAAGAACCAUCGGCCCUGGCCAGCUCUGGGCCGAGGCUUCAACACUGGGGUUAUUUUGCUCCUCCUUGAUCGACUACGGAAGCUGAGAUGGGAGCAGAUGUGGAGGUUGACUGCAGAGCGAGAACUGAUGGGCAUGCUGUCUACCUCUCUAGCAGACCAGGACAUCUUCAACGCCGUGAUCAAGCAGAACCCGUUCCUGGUCCACCAGCUGCCCUGCUUCUGGAACGUCCAGCUGUCGGAUCACACACGCUCUGAGAAGUGCUACAGAGACGUAUCGGACCUGAAGGUGAUUCACUGGAACUCUCCAAAGAAGCUGCGAGUGAAGAACAAACAUGUGGAGUUUUUCCGUAACCUGUAUCUGACCUUCCUGGAGUACGACGGGAACCUGCUGCGCCGUGAACUGUUCGGCUGUCCGAGUGAGGCUGACCACAACAGUGAGAACCUGCAGAAAACUCUUUCAGAACUCGAUGAGGACGAUCCGUGCUACGAGUUUCGCCGAGAGCGAUUCACCGUCCAUCGAACUCACCUGUACUUUCUACACUACGAGUACGAGCCGAGCUCGGACAGCACCGACGUAACUCUGGUGGCUCAGCUAUCUAUGGACAGGCUCCAGAUGUUGGAGGCCAUCUGUAAGCACUGGGAAGGUCCCAUCAGCUUGGCUCUGUACCUCUCCGAUGCCGAAGCCCAGCAGUUUCUACGAUACGCUCAGGGAUCCGAAGUGCUCAUGAGCCGUUGGAACGUAGGCUACCACAUAGUCUACAAAGAGGGACAGUUCUACCCUGUGAACCUGCUGAGGAACGUAGCCAUGCAGCAGGUCAACUCACCCUACAUGUUCCUAUCAGACAUCGAUUUCCUGCCCAUGUACGGCCUCUACGAGUACCUCAGGAAGUCGGUUGUUCAGAUGGACAUGGCCAACACCAAAAAGGCUCUAGUGGUCCCAGCCUUUGAGACAUUGAGAUAUCGUCUGUCCUUCCCAAAGUCCAAGGCUGAGCUGCUGUCUCAGCUGGACAUGGGCACGCUUUUCACCUUUAGGUACCAUGUUUGGACUAAAGGCCACGCACCGACUAACUUUGCUAAAUGGCGGACGGCCACCACACCCUACAGGGUGCAGUGGGAGGCCGACUUUGAGCCCUACGUGAUGGUGAGGAGGGACUGUCCCGAGUACGACCGCCGCUUUGUGGGCUUUGGCUGGAACAAGGUGUCCCACAUCAUGGAGCUGGAUGCACAGGAGUACGAGUUUGUGGUUCUGCCCAACGCCUACAUGAUCCACAUGCCUCAUGCACCCAGCUUUGACAUUACCAAGUUUCGCUCCAACAAGCAGUACCGGGUCUGCCUCAAAACCCUGAAGGAGGAGUUCCAGCAGAACAUGUCGCGGCGCUACGGCUUUGCCGCCCUCAAAUACAUGACAGCCGAUAACAACAGCUAGCUACCAGCGCAGACCCUCCCUUCCCCGGCACUGAACUACUGAUGCUGUCCAUGGGCUGAGGAAGGGGGUGGGCGGACAAAAACAUGGCUCGUGUGGGGCCCACCUGGAUUCUGGAGGACCCGAAUCCAUCAAGACUUUGACGGAACAUUUGAGCCUCAGUGUGGCUCUGCUGUAGAAGAGAUGAUGUAGGAGAAGGAUAUCUGUAAUGACUGGGGUGAGUGGGCGGGGCUUCAACAGGGAAGCCUUGUCCUAGCAGGGGGUCUGACUCCAGCUUAGUGCAGCCAUAUUUCAAACAGAACUGUGGGUUAUGUGUAACAUGACUGUGUGUGUGUGUGUGUGUGUGUGUGUGUGUGUGUGUGUGUGUGUGUGUGUGUGUGUGUGUGUGUGUGUGUGUGUGUGUGUGUGUGUGUGUGUGUGUGUGUGUGUGUGUGUGUGGAAUCCCUCCGCGGUUCGACUGACUUGAUCAUCAGCAGGCACUCGGAUGGCACAACCUUGUAGCUGAUUAGAAUCAGAAGAGCCCUGACUGGUGCGUGGACAUCCUGACCAGAUUCAGGAUGUCCACGUCCCUCUGAGCGUCCUGUUGGUCUUUUCUCUGUUCUGGUUCUGCAGAAUCCCAAAGCAGUUGUCAUGUUCAGGUUUUACUUUUUGAACUUCACACUGGCUGCAGGCCGAGGCCGUGAAGUUGCCUUUAAGCCCGACAACUCAAAGGACCAAUCGAUGAACUCUUUGUGUUUCUUUCCACCAAUCAGCAAGGUGAGAACAAGAGUAGGGGCGUGGGUUUUUCCUCGGAGGAGGACAAGAAAUGAUUUUUGUCAUGUGUGCCUCCCUAACUCUAACCCUGGUCAGAACACCUGCUGAAGGUCCCACAACUCAGACCAAGAUCUGGGUUCAGAUAAGACUCAGAAGACAGACUGCUGUGAAACUGGAGGCAAUGUCUCCCUCUCUCUGGUGUGUGUGAGUGUGAGGAAGCUGGAUGAGAGCUGUGUCUGAUGUUCAGCGUGUGUGAAGUUUGACUCUUUGUGUGGGUGUGCUGUAUGACUGAAUAAAGGCAUCAAGUCAAACUUU